AUGGACUUCAGAAACCCUCAUCCCUCUGACCCUCAACUCCUCUACGCCCGCGCCGACGUUCACGGCACUGGCGACAGCCGCCCUCCUGUCUACAAAGCCAUCGGCAUCUCUCUCGCAAUAGCCUCUGGCCUCUUCAUUGGCACGUCCUUCGUCCUGAAGAAGACGGGCCUCCUAAGAGCCAACAUCAAAUACAACGAAGAAGCGGGCGAGGGCUAUGGCUAUCUCAAGAAUGCCUUCUGGUGGUCCGGCAUGACCCUUAUGAUAAUCGGCGAAAUCUGCAAUUUCGUCGCUUAUGCUUUCGUGGAUGCCAUCCUGGUGACGCCGCUGGGGGCGCUGAGUGUGGUGAUCACGACUAUUUUGAGCGCGAUCUUCUUGAAGGAGAGAUUGAGUUUUGUGGGGAAGGUGGGCUGUUUUUGCUGUAUUAUUGGGAGUGUGGUCAUUGUCAUGAAUGCGCCCGCGCAGGCUAGUGCGGCGAAUAUUCAGGAGAUGAAGCACUUUGUGAUUGCGCCGGGAUUCUUGAGCUAUGCGGGUCUCGUGAUAGUAGCGAGUACGUUCGUGGCGCUUUGGGUGGGGCCAAGGUAUGGGAAAAAGAGCAUGCUGGUAUACCUCACGAUUUGCAGCUUGAUCGGGGGUUUGAGCGUGGUCAGUACGCAGGGUUUGGGUGCAGCGAUUGUUGCGCAGGCUGCUGGAAAACCGCAGUUCAACCAGUGGUUCUUAUAUGUGCUGCUGGUGUUCGUGAUCACGACUCUGGUUACGGAGAUCAUAUACCUGAAUGUGAGUACCAAAGGAGAGAAUGCUUUGAUGAUGAAGCUGACGCUUGAACAGAAAGCUCUCAAUCUUUUCAACGCGGCAGUCGUCACGCCUACAUACUAUGUCUACUUUACCAGCGCUACAAUCGUCACAUCAGCCAUCCUUUUCCAAGGCUUCAAAGGCUCGCCGACUUCCAUCAUCACAGUCGUCAUGGGCUUCUUUGUCAUAUGCUCAGGAGUGGUGCUGUUGCAGCUAUCGAAAUCAGCAAAAGACGUACCAGAUACAGCAGUGCUCAAGGGCGACAUUGAUCAAAUUCGAACAGUCGCUGAGCAAGCAGAACCAGAAUCAGAACCCAAAGCGGACGCAAUCCGCGGCGCUGCAGCAAUCAUCCGCCGCUUCUCUCAAUCGCGCCAAAAGAUGGAAGCAGCAGAAGCCAAGCGUGUGCACGAAGACCGCAUGCGCGACCAGAUGGAACCCAUCGGCGAAAACGAGACUGUUGAAUGGGAUGGUCUUCGGCGGCGAAAAACCGUCGUAGAAGGUCCAGGCAGUCUUCGCCGACAAAAAACCAUCCACCCUCCCCUUGGCAUGACACAUUUCCCCGACGACGACUCGAACGAUGACCCAGAAUCCCGGCCCUCCUCCACCGACGUCCAUGGUGGCGGUGUCUUUCACGGUGGCAUAUUCGACUCUUUCCGGCGGCACAAGAAUCCCCGCAAAGACUCUCUUCCCGCCCACACACGCACCGUCCACUCCACCCAAACCUCCUCCCAAAAACGCUCCUCCCUUCCUCAGCGCCCCCUCACCGAAAUCGUGGUCUCCCCAAAAAUGGAAGACACAGCCUACCACCCGCAAGGCACAGACAACAUGGAAAUGACAGGCCAUGUCUACGGCCUCCCAGGCACCCUCCGCCACGUCGACGACACCCCCAACGUCUCCCCUGGCACUGCUGCACGAAAUAAUCGCCCGAUCCAGUGGGCUGAGCAGUCGAAACCUAUUUCCUCCUCAGCGAGCACCCUGGCUCCUGUACCACCCCCGCAUCAGGCUGCAAAACGCCAAUUUUCUUUCCAGAACGUGUUCCAUAGGAACCGUGGGCCUUCGACCGACGGGGCGGAUGAAGUUACCACGACUGUGUCGCCGCCACGAAGUCCGCCCAGCACGAGCCAUUCGCACAUGUCCUUCAAUUUCGGGAAUAGACUGCGCAGCCCGACGGUGGGGAGUGGGGGGAGUACUAAAUACCCUGUCAAGACUGUUACCGAGGAGGAGCAGAUGGGGUUGGUGAAGGGUGACUCGAAUAUUUUGGGGGAGGAAGAGAGGACGAGGGGCAGUUAUAGGGAUGGGUAUGAGGAUGAAGGGGAGGAUAGUGAUUUAGGUGCGGGUGGGGCUGGGGGUGGGGUUGGGGUGGGGCGAGGCCGUAUUGCGGAAGAGACGGAAACGGAGGAUAGCGAGAGCAGCGAGGGGAAAGAGGAGGAGGCGAGGGCGGGUGGGUAUAGGAGGGAGUAUGACUACGCUUACAGAGGGAGAGAGGAUGGCGAUGAUAAGGGUGGAGGUAGUGGCGGAGCAGGAGGGGGAGGGGGGAGUGGAAGGCCGGCGUUCAUAUGA